GGGCCAAACUCGAAGUUCAGCUGUAGCUUCGGCGCUGUGGACAUGUUAUUGUUGAUGUUGAGACACGUCUGUUGUCGCUAGCGAGCAGGCUAGCUUGCUAGAAACAUUACCAAAAACCCCUACCCUCGGGUAAUGAAUAUUAACGUUUCCGCUAGCUGGUCCGUGAGAAUGAGUGGUAGUCUACAUGUGAAUUAUGACAAUGAUCGUGUGCAGCAAAUGGUAAUGAGCCUUCGCGUUUCGGAGCUCCAAGUACUACUGGGAUACGCGGGACGCAACAAGCACGGGCGCAAACACGAGCUGCUGACCAAGGCGCUGCACUUGCUGAAGGCCGGCUGCAGCCCCGCUGUGCAGAUGAAAAUUAAGGAACUGUACCGGCGCCGCUUCCCCACCAAGAUGGUGUCCCCCUCCGAGCUGGCGCUGCCCAGCGUCCACUCCACCACCAGCGCCCUGCCCGCCGGCCUCACCCAGCUGGGCUUCGACGGGCACCACGGCGCCCCCUCCCCCCUGCUCCCCGUCUCCCUGCUGGGGCCCAAACACGAGCUGGGCCUGCCCCACCUGCCCUCAGCCCUGCACCCCGUGCACCCCGACGUCAAGCUCCAGAGGCUGCCCUUCUACGACAUGCUGGACGAGCUCAUCAAGCCCACCAGCCUGGCCUCAGACAACAGCCAGCGGUUUCAGGAAACAUGUUUUGCUUUCGCGUUAACGCCUCAGCAGGUCCAGCAGAUCAGCAGCUCCAUGGACAUCUCUGGGACCAAAUGUGACUUUACUGUUCAAGUCCAGCUAAGAUUUUGUUUAUCAGAAACGAGCUGCCCUCAGGAAGACCACUUCCCGCCAAACUUAUGCGUUAAAGUAAACGCCAAGCCCUGCAACCUCCCGGGAUAUCUUCCACCAACCAAAAACGGUGUUGAACCAAAGCGACCCAGCCGGCCCAUCAACAUUACCUCACUGGUCAGAUUGUCCACCACAGUCCCCAACACCAUCGUGGUGUCAUGGACGUCUGAAAUCGGAAGGAGUUACUCCAUGGCCGUGUACCUGGUGAAACAGCAGACCUCCACAGUGUUGUUGCAGAGACUACGGUCGAAAGGCAUCCGGAACCCUGACCACUCCAGAGCCCUCAUCAAAGAGAAGCUGACGGCCGACCCCGACAGCGAAAUCGCCACCACCAGCCUGCGCGUGUCCCUGCUGUGCCCGCUGGGGAAGAUGCGGCUGAUGAUCCCGUGCCGGGCCAUCACCUGCUCGCACCUGCAGUGCUUCGACGCCACGCUCUACAUCCAGAUGAACGAGAAGAAGCCCACCUGGGUGUGUCCCGUCUGCGACAAGAAGGCCCCCUACGAGCACCUCAUCAUCGACGGGCUGUUCAUGGAGAUUCUGAACAGCUGUGUGGACUGUGAUGAGAUCCAGUUUAAGGAGGACGGGAGCUGGGCCCCCAUGAGGUGGAAAAAGGAAGUGCAGGAGGUUUCUGCCUCGUAUAAUGGCCUUGACGGGGCGUGUCGGACAGCGGCGCCGGAGCAGAGGAACAGCUCGUCUCACAGCAGUAACAGUAAGAAGGUGGAGGUGAUCGACCUGACGCUCGACAGCUCCUCGGAGGAGGAGGACGACGACCAGCCGCCCCCCAAGAGGACCUGUCCCUCCCUGUCCCCUGCCUCGCCGCCCGUCAACAAGGGGGUGUUGAAUCUCCACCCUCAAGCGUCACCAGUGUCCCGGACCCCCAGCAUGCCCCCCGUCGACACCAACUACAUCCCCCCACCGCCCCCCCUCAUUCAGGACUACCGUCACUACUACCACACGCCCAACGACCUGUCGGAUCUGAAUUUCUUUUCCUUUUUACAAGGUGACAAUCAUCAGCAUUACAACAUGGUGAUGGCGGCGGCGGCGGCCGCCUCGGCCUCAGACGACCACGACCUGCUGCUGAACCGCUUCCUGCCGUACGGCUCGUCUCAGAUGUUCCUGGAGCAGCCGGGCACGCCGGUGAGCAGCGGCGCCCUGGCGCCGGUGAACGGCGGGAGCAGCAACGGGAGCAGCAGCAGCCUGGUCUCCUCCAGCAGCCUGCGCGACAGCCACGCCCACCCCGCCGCGUCCCGGGCAACCGCCGAGGCCGCCGCCCUCUACGGCUCCAUCCCCGACGUCAUCUCGCUAGACUGACCCCGUCGCCACGGCAACGCGCAGAAACCUAAACUCAAACCCGAGGAGGAGGGGCAGGAGGAGGGGCAGGAGGAAAAAAAAGAAUUAAGGUCUUUUUAAAAAGAGAAACAACUGAAUAACGGAGGGAAGAACGAAGAAGUGUACAGAGAACAAAAAUAUAUUUUCAGUUUUACUUUUGUACAUAAACUUAGGACUUUUGCCUGUUCAGUGAGUAACUUCAGUUGAUAUUUUUCUGUGGAUACUGAAGAUUUUUUCAAAGCUUAUACGUCUGUUGUCCUUUUAUUAUUAUUAUUAUUAUUAUUAUUAUUAUUAUUAUUAUGAUUAAUUAUUAUAUUAUUAUUAUUAUUAUUAUUAUUAUGCCUUUUGUACUUAAUUUCUUUUUUUCUUUUCAUUUUAUUGUUCCACAUCAAUGGCAUUAUUUUCAGUGAUACUGUUUGGCUUCUAAGGUAACCAAUCUCUCUUCCAUUUUAAAUCGUAGGAGUCUUUUUCUCAAAAAGAAUUAAGUCUCGGUGAUUGACGAUGUUUUUUUUUUUUUGUGCAGAUUCUUUUAUGCUUUUAAGUUAUGUAAGAUAUAUGCAUAUAUUAAUUGUUUAAAAGCAUUCCCUUUGCCUUUUCAGGAUAUCGCUAUAGGAGAAUGCACAGAUGGAUUAAGUACGCCAUUUCUGGGUCCGCUUUUACCGACCAGGCCCUCUCCAAACACUGCCUGUGCUCACAUCUACCCUUCUUAAUGAUUUUAACCGCAAAUUUAUACUCUUUGAUUCUUUCCACUUGAAACUAUAGUAAUAGAAAUACUAUAUUUUGUUUAGAAGGUGCAUAGCAUUUCAGGAUUUGUAUAAAUGUAGCAUCCUCCCCCCCCUCCUCUGAAUCACCAACUUGCACGAUGCUUAAGAAAGGAAGAAAAAAAACGGAAAAAGAAGGAAAAAAUUUAAGGUGUGCGGUGCUGUUUCGCCUUGCGGGAUGGAGCUCUUGGUUCAGUCACUGCUUGGUGCAGACGUAUCAGAAGUCGGCCAUUUUGGCUCCAUCUGAGCGCAAGGUCAGCGACUGCCGGUGGUGUUGGAGGAUUGGGGCUCUUGGUUCGGUCACUGCUUGGUGGGCUUUGUAGGCAGGUUCCUCAGUCACUGCAGCCAGCUGGGCGUGCUGGGAGAAGUUAGUGCUUUGCUGCGUUUUAGCGUUUAGCAUCUGGCCCCACACCUCACUGUGUGCCCCGCUCUCCUGUUACUCCGCUCUAAACAGCGCUAAUUUGUUUCGGUAGCAGUGUUCCUGGGGAAGAUUCAAGUGUGAACACUUUUUUUCUUCAUUUUUAAAACGCCUAUUAGAGGUGCUAUGAUUCUCUCCUCGGCAGUGAAACGUUUGCCCCUGGUGUAAAGUUGCCUGAUCGCGUUUUAUCUGCCAGUCAGACUGAUUGUUCUCGCAGUAGAACAUGAGAAGGAUUUUUUUGGUUUGAUAAUGGCGCGAUGGCCAGCACUUGUAUGAAUAUGUUCAUAUCAGACGUAUAGGAAGUCGGCCAUUUUGGCUCCAUCUGAGAGUCAGGUCUGCGACCGCCGCUGGUGUUGGAGGGCCUUGCGAAGUGGAGCGCGGCUGGGAGACGGGAGAUUAAACCUGUGUGGGCCUUAUCACUGUGGGACAGGCCCAAAUCCUCCCCCAUACGCCCCCCUCCCACAGGGGGGGAGAGCUGAGACCCACACAGAGCGAACGUGUGCGACUGCCCUGUCCCAGCUUCCCCACACAGACCCAGGCCUCCGAAUAUCACCGCUCCAUCUGCUCCACUCAAAACCGGCACACGACGUCUCGUUCCCGCCCUUGACCCAAAUGCACACGCGCUGACGUCCCAACGAUCUCCUCGCUCGUGUACAGGUCACACAACAAACGGCUGUUGCCAGCGCCGCUCUCCGUGUCCUCUUUUUAACGAGGCUGCGGAGGAGACGUGGAUAAUGGUUUGGAGCGCGCUUGGCGGUCGCAGUUCCGCGGGCUCUCUCCCCGAGCGGCGUUUUUGGCGACGCUCCGCGAAACGUCGCGUGACCGCCGGUCUCUUCAGCCGACCCAGCUGUGCGUCACACUCCUCUCCUCUUCCGACAUGUAAUUAUGUUUGUGGCUGAGAUAAUAGUCUGUGACGGCCGCUUUAAUCAGCCGGCAAAAACCCAAAGCAAACCCCGGGCCCUGCUGCCCUCCUCCGUCAAAGCCCUGCAGAAACCGCUCUCCCAGUUCCUCUUUUUACACCCCCCUUUAUACCAAGCGUUCACCGUUUAUUCGUUAUGUUAUAGCCGCUUUACGUUUGUGUCCGGUGUCCAAGAGCGCGUCACCGUUACAGUACCUUUCUCGAUUUCAGUGGACUCCUGUAUCCGUUGUCCGAGUGUGUACUGUAACGUGCACCUUGACCUCUCGUUUGUGUGUGUUUCUCCCCGUUACAGAGUCUGAAUCAUGUCUGUACGAUAUGGGAGCUCUCUGUUGGGAUGCUGUCGCAUGCCGUUUUAAGCUACGUUGAACUCGACUCAUUCAGGAUGAAUCAAGCCGACUAUGGUUGCACAACGGCAACUGUGUAUGACCAGAUCUCAUUUUAAAACAAGAACCUGUAAAAAUCAGUCAAAAAUAUAGUUGACCUAUAAAUCCGUCGUUUGACUACAGUGAGAGUGACAUGAUCACCUCCGUUGUUUCCCGAUUUUUAAAUGCUACAUGGGAAGAAAAACAUCCAAUCCUUCCUUUGCCAAAUCAUUUUUUUAGAAUCCCUGGAUGAUUGUGCAGUUAUCCGUUGCUUUGCUAAUGCUUAAACUGAACUGAUGUCAUCGCAUACGCUAUUGGACAGGUGAAGCACAGGCCAGCCUUCAGCCCCUCCCCCUUUCCCCACCUCUUGUCUGGCCGUUGCCAUGGAGACGCAGGACGUGCAGCUUCGAGCCGUCGGGCUGCGGUUGCCGGGUUUUUUCAGUGUUGUGGAGUGGCACUUUCCAAGGCAUUCGGUUUUCGUCAGUGCCUGUAAAUUUCAGGAUUAUUUGACAAAAAAAGCUAGCCAAUGCCAACUUUUUGAAGUUUCAAAACAUUGAUACAUUGAUUUUGGUGUCUGAAUAAGAUUAAUAAAGGGAAAAUGUAAAAUGUAAUGUUUGUAUUAUUACUGGAAGAUCUCAGGCAAGUUGUGCACACAAGGAAGUUCCAGUAAUACUUGUUCUCGUUUUUUGUGGCAUCCAAAACGUCAGAUUGUUAAUUUAUACAUAUAUAUUUUUAAACAAAAAAAAGAAAUAAAAAAUACCACUAAGUGGACUAUGUUCAGUCCAGUUCGCAGCUUUCCUUGAAAGUAAGAUUGGCUUACGUCUGUGCUCACUGCCUUAAACUCACUGACUCUCUUUCCUUAGGGCAUGUCGAACCAGAAAAAUGGCUUUUUAACAGAAGGUGAAGAAGAAAAAAGAUGUACAGUAGACCAAUGUCAGAUUGUAUAAAGUACCAAGUGAAAAAAAUAUUUAUUACCUGCAUUGGAAAAAAUUGUUUACCUAUUGAAUGUUACCUGUUUAUGUAGAGAAGUUUAGAUGUAAUAAAACGCAUUCAGCUAA